UUGGGUUACUGCAAUAAUUAGUAGGACUAACUACUAGGCAUAGCACUAGCAUUAUAGUACUCUCCUACCCUACCCUACUCGUUGAUGAUGAUAAUGGCGCAUGGCAACUUUACAAUCAUGGCGCGUGGCAUCUCCACAAUCUCACUCACCGUCUUUUUCUCUCUGUGCUAACCCAACUCAUAAUUACUACCAAUCUCUCUGCUUAAACUCUCAACAACAUUACCAAACCCUCUCCAUCGUCAUCAUCAUCACUGUUUGUUUUACUACUAUUAUUCAUUCAAAGCAUCAUCAUCAUCAUUACAUUCAAGUUUUGUCACAUUCCAUUUCGAUCUCUAUCUCUUCUCUUAAUACAACAAUGCUUUUUCAUAUCCAAUUACAAUGAUCGAUUCUUCCAUUCCCACCACCAACAAUCAGGGGAAUUAUAGGAAAAGUGGCAACAACAUAAGUGAAGUGGUGAGCAUGGAACAAAAAAGGCGUUGGCACGAUCUGUUCUGGUUAGGACUAUUCGUGAUCCAAUUGAUUGGUUUGGGUUUUGCGCUUGCGAUUCUUGGCCUUAAUAGGUUCAAAAAAAAGAACAGACUUGACAUUGAUAAAUACACAUACCGGUUCAUGGAGAAUGAGGCUGGUUUGACAGAGGAUUACUGGCCACUCUAUGCUGUAGCCGGCGGUGUUGGGACUGUUCUUGGAUGGAGUUGGUUGUUAUUGUUGGGUUCACGCGCUAUCCAGAUGAUGAAGGUAUCUGUCCACAUUCUCACCACUUAUCUUGCUGUGAUCAGUGUUUUGUGUUUCUGGGCUCAACAGUUUUUCUGGGGUGUUGCUUUUGCUAUUGGAGCAGCUCUGCAGUUUUUGUAUAUUAUAUCUGUUAUAGAUAGACUUCCAUUUACAAUGUUGGUUUUGCAAAAGGCUGUGAAGAUGGUAUGGAAUCUUCCUGAGGUUUUGAGAGUCGCAUAUGCGUUUAUGGCCGUUGUGCUUUUAUGGAUGGCCUUGUGGUCAUUUGGAGCUGCUGGUGUUGUAGCUUCAAGCAUGGGUGACGGUGGGCGCUGGUGGCUUCUUGUGGUCCUCUCUGUAAGCUUAUUUUGGACGGGUGCUGUGCUUUGUAAUACUAUACAUGUCAUAGUGUCUGGGACACUUGUUCGUGUUAGUAUCCAUGGUGGUUCCGAGGGUGCAUCAAUUCCCACUAACUCGAUAAUGAAAUCUUUACAGUAUGCUUUAACAACAUCUUUUGGUAGCAUUUGUUAUGGCUCAUUAUUCACAGCUGCUAUUAGGACACUGCGAUGGGAGAUAAGAGGAAUCCGGUCAAAGAUAGGCAACAAUGAGUGUUUGCUUUGCUGCGUUGAUUUUCUUUUCCAUCUUGUAGAGACUCUCGUCCGAUUCUUUAACAAGUAUGCCUAUGUCCAGAUUGGUGUUUAUGGUAAAAGCUUUAACCGUUCUGCUAGAGAUGCCUGGGAGUUAUUUCAAUCAACUGGAGUUGAAGCACUUGUGGCAUAUGAUUGUUCAGGUGCUGUGCUGUUAAUGGGAACCAUUUUAGGUGGGUUGAUAACUGGAACUUGCUCUGGUGUUUGGGCAUGGAUGAAAUGGAGUGACAGAGCUUUUAUGAUUGGAUCUACAUCAAUGCUCAUGGGGAUGAUAUUGGUUGGAGUGGCUAUGGUUGUGGUGGAAAGUGCGGUGACAUCAAUAUAUAUCUGUUAUGCUGAAGACCCAUUAUUGAUUCAGAGAUGGGACAAUGAUUUUUUCAACCAGAUUUCUGAAACACUGCAUCAGCGACUUCAACAUAGGAGUUCACGUGCAAGGGAAGUUUUAACCCACAAUCACCUCGAUGCUCAUAUACCAGAUAACCCCUAAAUUUGAGGAAUCACUAAAUGGUAUUAUACAAGAACUGUUUAUUUAAAUUAUCUUCUAUAUAUAUGUCAACUCUUCACAUCUUUUAAUUUCAUGAUGUGCUGUGUUGUGUGUGUAACUUUCAUGUUACAAAAAGUUCAAAGUAAUUGGAGAAGUAAAUUUGGUCGA